AUGGCAGCUGACACCGCAGACUCCCUCAAGAAGGUCGACUCCCUUGUCGAGGAGCCCAAGAAAGAGCCUGCAAAGCGGAGAGCAAGCUCCCUGCGCGCCGAUGUCUUCAACAUGGCUGAUCUCGAGAAGGAAGGCAAGAAGAUCGAGAUUGCACCCGAGACUCAGAAGCUGAGCUGGAAGCUAAACAAGUCUCCCACGACAGUGGACGACCCAGAGGUCCUCAAGAAGCCUCUAACCUCUCCGCUCGUCCGCAAAAUCGACCUGCACUUCCCGCUCGGGCUUGAAGUCACCGCACGGAACCUGAAGGGUGUCACCAUCAAGGAUGCGCUGGACGCCAUCUACAAACAAUUCAAGAAGAAGGUACGUCUUGAUCUCCUCGGGCUAUUCCAGCCUCAUUGCCAGCAUUCUGCCCAUCCUGAUGCUUCGUUGUUUCCCCAAUCGUGCUGCCGACUCUUCAAUCAACCUGCUGACAAUCGGUAUCAGGCAGACGAUGAGCUUGGCGAAAGCCCCUAUCUCGCCGGCUUCGAGUGGGAUCCUGAAGAGUGCUACACGCGCUUCGUCGUACACCAGAAGAAGGAAGGUGCACCCCCACCAUCCAAGAAAAAGAAGAAGGGCGGUGACGAGUAG